AUGAUCGAAGUUAGAGAGCUUAUAACCUUUUGCUCAGAGGGAAAUAUGGAACUACUGAAGAAGCACAUUCAGAUUGCAGAGCGGAGAGGAAAUAGCAUCCCUUCCAUCAUCAACACACCCACCAGUUCCGGGCAAACAGCUUUAAUCUCUGCCUGUCGAAAUGGCAAACCGGAUAUUGUGCGAUAUCUUGUGGACGAUUGUGGGGCGGAUAUGGAGCAGGUCGGUACCGUCCACUUUGACGGUGAGGCAGUGGAAGGUGUUACACCAUUGUGGUGCGCGGCCGCUGCUAACUAUCUCGAAAUCGUGCAAUUUCUUGUCGACCGUGGUGCUGACGUGAAUCGCACUACUAUCACCAACUCUACCGCAUUGCGCGCUGCCUGCUUUGAUGGUCAUGAAGAGGUUUGUUUAAUAUUGUUUAAGUCGCUUCUCUUGGGCCAUGUUGUACGCUACCUCGUGGAGCAAGGCGCCAAUGUCGAGACACCCAAUCGGCACGAGCACACGUGCCUCAUGAUCGCCUGUUUCCGUGGGCACGAAAACAUUGUCAAAUACCUUCUUUCCAGAGGGGCUCGCGUCAAUCGGCGAUCGGCCAAAGGCAACACGGCUCUGCACGAUUGCGCGGAAAGCGGUAACCUGCGUAGUCUUAUCCUCCUGCUUCGCUACGGGGCUUUAAUGCGGCCUGACGAAUACGGUCAGACGCCUAUUAUCUCAGGCGCUAAUUCUGCUUACAAAAAGAUUGUAGAAUAUCUGUCGGAAUUGCGGUCGCCUUCUGGUGAAUUCGUUGUCCCAGUCGAGGAACAAGCUGCCGCACACGAGCUCCUGGGUGCUUCUCUCUAUGACAGACAGUCCAGAGUGCAAGAUGCAGUCAUUGAGUGGCGGUAUGCAAUGUGCCUGCGACGAUCGCACUUCGGCUACACCAAACGCCUCCCUCCCGUGGAGGAGGGCGCUCGUAACCACUACGCUUGGAGCCUCAUUCAAGCCACCGCGUACAACGCUGUCGCUUUGGAGAUGGCAAAGAAGAAGAGGGGAAGGGGGUGUUAUAAUGUUAGGGCAAAUGAAAUCAGCGCUGAAGUUCUUAAGAGACCUCCUCCACCGCUGCCCUCAACCAUUACCGCGGAUCCUAUUUGGGCUCAAAAACAUGCUGCACGGGCUAACGUAUUAGCGCGGCAGUAUGAACAUCUGCUUGCCCUCUACAAAUCCGACCCAUCUUUGUGUGCGAAUUGGACAAGUAAUGGCUUGAAGUCACCGGAACAACAGCUCAGAUCGGCUGUUGAUGCUGUGCUUGGUGUGGAGCCUGACUUUUAUCCCCAUUCUUCGCGUCACAUUCGUCGGCCGCUUGAAGGGGAACAGAGUGAUGUUACGUCUCAGCCCCAGUCACCCACCGCAUCCGAUGAGGCAUAUAGGCUCCGUUACUUCUCUGUUUCCGAAGAGGCGAUUUCGCGUGGUACAGUCGACCCAUGCGAGAUUUUUGAGGCAGCGGAGGAGAAGCUUCAAUCUGAAGCAGCGGCAUCCCAACCGGAGCCUUUGUUGAUUACGCGGUUGCGGCGGUACAGCCUAACUGCCUUCGGAUUAGUCCGCGAGUUCGCCAAUUUUGUGGAGCUAAAGCACGUCACUCAGGAUGCCUACGCGCUGCCUUUGCAGCCUUUACUCAUUCGAUUGCGGAUUUUAGGUCCUGAUCACCCCGACACCAUCUACUUUCUACGCUACCGUGGAGCGACAUACGCGGACACGGGAGCAAUUCCUCAGUGCCUUGCAUUUUGGCGCUACGCCAUUGAACUGCAGCGUGUCUUUCUUGAACCCCUCUCCUACGUCUCGCAAUCCUCCUUCUUGGCCUUCGCGGAGCUCUACAACAUUGUCCUCUCCAAUCGAUACUCUGGCCUCCGUGCUGUCCGCUUGCAGCCCUCCCUCAUCGUCGACUCCAUUGAACUUGCUAUUGACAACAUUGAGAGGGGUAUGGAGUACUCCUAUCCGCACUGGCAUGGGCGCAUGCCAUGGGCGUAUACGAGCGCAGAUAAAGAGGCGAUGAAUCUGCAUCGUCACGUACGCCUCUGCCUGCACUUCAUCGCCCUUCUUGCUUACUACUUCUGCCCGCCUGAAGCGCGUCCCCCACCGUUGCACCGCCAACGGCUGGAGGUGUUCCGUCACGCCCUAAACGGGAUAGCCGUACCAACACGGGCACCCAUCUUCUCAGGCACCUUUCCGCUGCUGGAGACCCCCACAGAAGCAACCACCGCAAUGCCUGACGCCAUGGAGGCCUUGGAAGAGUUGCCUACGUCCACUGCGUGGAACAUCUUCGUGCCUUCGGAAUCGGAACACGCUGAGAUGCGCAGCAAAAUGACUCCUGCAUUGUUGAAACGCUUCUUCCGACAGGUGAAUAGACUGGUGAGACUAGAUCCACGUGUUCACGAAGGCGCAAGUCCGUUGCACAUGGCAGCGUCGUGUUCGCGCUUGGUGCGUUGCGAUCUUUUACCGCUGCCACACGCGGACCUCCUCCGUCUCCUCACCGCUCUAGGCGCCGACCCUGACGCCAAAGACGCCUGCGGCUAUCGUCCGAUCGGUCGCAUCCUUGCUUCUCACACUCUCUCCGAGUCUCAGAAGGCCGAGUUGGUUGCCACCCUCGUUCUGGAUUGUGGGGCUCAUUUUGACGCCGCUGUUAUGCCCCCGCCCUUUGGUGAAGAUGCGGUAGUGGAGAAAGAAGGAGCCGUCUGCGACCGGGUUGAAGCAAUGGACGUCGACUCCUCCCCCUCUACUUCAACUAGGUCCAUUGCCUCUACUUCCUCCCCUCCCAGACCCACCACUGAUGUUGCUGCUUCUGCUGCCCCCGCUACCACUGCAACUGAUGAUGCUUAUGUCGGAGUGAACAUCAUUUCUACCAGUCCUUUGUCAGCUAAUACCUCCGCUCUAAGAUCUGCCGCUGUCUCCGCUGCUGUUAUUAUAGCAUCCUUCGCUGCUAACUCCCCCUCUUCCUCCUCCCUCUCCUCGGUCACAACCUCCGCUCUUCGCUUCGCUAGGUCUGCCGGCGCCUGUCCAGGGACGGCUGUGGUCGGGACGACGCGCAACAACACGACAACGUGGCCUUGGGGACGGGCGUGCGCUCGGGUACUGGCGCUAUCAGGUCUCCGACCGCUGCGGCAUGUAAACCUCCAGUGUCUGGCGGCACGUGCUCUGCCUCGCUCCCUGUAUCAUCGACUGCCUGGCCACCUCAUCGACUUUGCAGGUGUUAAUACCGUGUCCAAAACUGGUGGAGUCGUCAGUGAUGUGCCGGUUUGA